UAAAUAUUCAGCGCACCGAGAGGCAGAACGUUAAAAAAUAAAGUAGAAGCGAACAAACAAUGGUGCGAUAACAAAACGUACGAAGAAAUGAUUGUGAGUCGUUCGCGGCGCGAGCUCGUCGAUUAAAAAAUGUGUCAGUGGAUACUUAGGGAACGAGUCGGUCGGUCUCUUCGCAGUGCGCGUCGCUCACACUGAAGCUGUGCAAAUGCAAUAAGAAAUCGCGUGCAAGAUCAGCUGAUUCGGCUUGAGCCUGCUACUGCUGCUGCUGCUGCUGCUGCUGUGUAUACGCCGUAUACACUGUUUACAAAGUGUAUAAUCAAGAAUGUGUGCAUGAGCCUGGAUCGCGUACACACGUACUCGCGUAGCUUCACACGUGGUUAUUCAAAAAAUUCGAUAUAUUCGCACUACACGCUGCGAGGUCUUUACAUAUAGUGAAUUCAUUUUCACCGCAGCUGUUGAAUUAUUAGUUCAUUCCUGCGAUAAGUCAUGUCAGAAGAUCAAGAUAUAGUAAAAAUAAACGAUGAAAUUUCAAUUCAAAAGGCCGAUGAAAAAAUAAAAACAAAAUUAGGCACUUUGGCUGCGUAUUUCAAAUCACGCUUUCAUCGAACCCCUGCAUUUUUCGUACAAGUGCCUGGAAGAGUCAAUUUAAUAGGUGAGCAUGUGGACUACUGCGGAUAUUCGGUAUGUCCAAUGGCCAUCGAGCAGCACAUGUUGGUCGCUGUUUGCAAAACUGAUGAAGAUGUAAUUCAAUUAACCAAUGUAGAUGAUAAAUAUGAAGAUUACUGCCACGAUGGUUUUAGACGGAUAAGAGAUUCCCGGCUGGAUGAGCAUAGCUUGGGUCCAACAUGGUACAAGUAUUUCCUUUGCGGUGUCAAGGGUGCACUCGAAGUUGUGCCAGAACCAAAAGCACCUAAGGGCAUUCUCGCCGCGGUAUGGGGAAACGUACCGCCCAACGCCGGUCUAUCGAGCUCCAGUGCCCUAGUGUCUGCCGCCCUGCUAGCUACAGUUCACGCAAGCCAGCAUAAAAUGUCUAAAGAAGACAUGGCAACGCUCAGCGCAAAGGCUGAAAGAUACAUAGGCACUCAAGGUGGAGGCAUGGACCAAGCCAUAGCUUUUCUCGGAAAAGCAGGAUCCGCAAAACAUAUCGAAUUUAAUCCUUUGAGGAGUCAUGACGUCAUGCUACCGAAAGACGCCGUCUUCGUAAUAGCCAACAGCUUAGCAGAUCACAACAAAGCAUCCACCUCAGAUUACAAUCAGCGCGUUUUAGAGUGUCGAUUAGCUGCAAAGGUAUUAGCAAAAAAACGAAACGCCGAUUGGCAAUCUGUAAACAAAUUGAUCGAUGUUCAAAAAUUGUUGAAUAAGAGUCUAAAGGAAAUGGCUGACAUAGUCAUGACGGAUCUUCACAACGAGCCGUACUCUAUGACAGAGAUCGAACAAAUACUUGGAACAGAAUCAGAAUUGCUGAUAAAGGCCUCUAAUUCCGCGUACAAUUACCAAAAAUUGAAACUGAAGCAACGAGCGCUGCACGUUUUCCAGGAGGCUGACCGGGUAACGGCCUUCCGUCAGACGUGCGAGCGCACAGAUCUCGAAGGGCCCGAGAGAUUGGUCCAGCUGGGAAAGCUGAUGUCGGCCAGCCACGUCAGUCUGCGGAGUUUGUACGAGUGCAGCCAUCCAAGGAUUGACGCGCUCGUGCAGGACGCCAUGAGCUGCGGCGCGCUGGGUGCCAGGCUCACCGGGGCUGGAUGGGGAGGAUGCAUCGUUGCAAUAACAACGGCCGACCGAGUCGAAGAAUUCCUCGUGCUGUUAAAAAAGAAAUUCUACGAGAACAACGAAGAGGCAAAAAUGCUUGACUUGUCGACUUUGUUGUUUAAAACUGAACCAAAACAAGGAGCUGUUAUUUACUACAGUGAAUUGCCAGUUUAAAAAAAUAAAUCAUGGAAUGCUGCACGAAGUUUAUUUGGAUCAUAUGAAUCACUUGUAGUAAACUAAUAAUAGACGAUAUUGUGUGCAAUAAUUCUUUAUUUUUGUUAAGUACUUAUUUUUCCAUAAAUAAAUGUUAACAUUCUUUU